GAGAGUUCAAGUACUGUGUGUGUUUGCGUCCGUGUUUCUUUCUGUACGUUUGGCGGUGUCUGCUUGUGUAUCUGUGCUUAUGUUUCUUAGUGUGUGCUUAUUGCUGUGAGGACACGCUCCCUGGGUCAGCUUGGAAGGCUGUGUAUGUAUAUGUGUUCCUACAGUCCGUCCAGCAGAUAUGUUGUAUUCUCUAGGUAUUAAGAACAUAACCCACAGAUGAUCUAACAGCGAAAGGCCAGGGGUUGUGGUGUGAGAGGCUGGGACUGGGCCCGGAGCAUGGAGCUGUGCUAAGGAAGGUUCUAGAUUCAAGGCUAGGGGCAGUGAUUAAGACCUGGUGUUGGAUUGAGGCUGUAAUGAUGCAGCCACAGAGGCCUUGUCUGUCCAGGUGGAGGGUCCUGCUCUGGUCCACACUACUCCUCCUCAGUCCGCUCAGAGUCACAGGGCAUCCCUAUACAAUUGUAGAAGAUGGCUUGCCUUGGGAGGCCGGGAGUGGUGACCAAACUGUGAGACGAGAAAAUUGGAACCCAUGUCUGGAGGGCCAGGAUGUGUUUUCCACGGUUAGAGAGAACAGCAUGAUGGGAGAACUUAUCAUUGAGCUUAACACAGAGCUGACAGCCAAUGAUGUUGUCUGGAACCUAACUGGGGAGGAUGCUGAUUGGUUCUUCCUGGAAGGGCGGAGCAUCAGACUCAAGGCCCCAUUGGACAGAGUUCUGGACCGGGAGGUUCAGGGCCCAGUCCUGAUGGCAGCGUUGACCUGCUUUGAGGAGGACAUUGUGCAGAGUGAGUACAGGAUCAUGGUGGAGAUUCUGAAUGAGAAUGAUAACACUCCUGAGUUUGUGGAGAGCACCAUUCAGCCUCGCAGCAUCAGUGAGCUGGCUGAGGUGAAUACAGUGGUGUUUACAGUCCAAGCCACAGAUGCAGAUGAUGACACCAUCAUGUACUCCAUCGACCAGACCUCGCCUGAUGCUGCAUACUUCAGAGUGGAUCUCCCUAACAGUGGAGAGGUGAUACUGGCCAAGCCUCUGGACUACGAGACCAAAACACAACUAGAGAUUACCAUAUCCGCUUUGGAGAUUAACACUGCAGAGAAGUUCAACACCAGUGCCAUCCUGAUCGUGAAUAUCUUGGACAGAGACGACCAGUACCCACAUUUCCUGCCGUGCACGCCCAUCUCCAACAACCAAUCAAAUCGUGUCUGCACCAAUCCCAUCUACAUGGUUAACAUCACAGAAGGCAAACAGGACAUUCUUCUGGACUUCUUUCCCGGGCCAAUCAAUGCUGUGGAUGGAGACAGAGGCCUCAGCACACCUCUCAGCUACAGCAUCCUGUCAGGGGCUGAUAGCGGGCAUUUCGUGAUGGAUGAGCUGACAGGGGAGGUGCGUCUGACAAGAGGAGUAGAGAACAGACUACAGACACCCACACUACACCUCCAAGUCAUGGCAUUCCAGAGGAAUGACCCUAGGAAGUACUCAGUUGCCACAGUGGUGGUCCGUGUUGUUGCUGUCAACCACUUUCCUCCUCAGUUCAGUUGGCCUGAAUACCGUGGCUUUGUCAUCGAAGGCGACAGCCCUGCCUCACUGGUCAACACUUACGGCAACACUGUGCUGCUGAUACAGACACAGGACAGGGACUUCUCUGAUGGCAUCAAUCCCAAUAUGCACUACUCCCUGAGGUCCUCGUCCAAUCACACACAGUUCUACCACAUCACACAGGAGGGGCUUCUGAUCGCCAGAACCAAUCAGCUAUGGCCAUCACAGACACACAGUCUGAAGGUAGUGGCUGUGGAUUUGGAGUCAGGUGAAAUGGACACGGCUCUCAUAAAGGUGGAGGUGCUGUUUGAAGGACAAACAGUCCCUCAGGGCCAAUUGGGGGAUGGGCUUCUUCCUGGUAGCUGUGCAGUGGGCAAGGCUAUGGGUAUGGUCAUCCUGGGGCUGACUCUGUUAGGCUGCACUCUGUAUGCACUGCAGCAUGUACUCCAGACAUACAGAGGACUGAAGGACCCAGAGGACAGGGGCUGUAUAGCCCAAGGGAAGCACCCCAACGUGAGAUUACAAUGCUUCCAACUGGUGAGUCACAGUAGUCCCAUGCCAGUACUGGAUGAGGUGAAAUUUAAAAAAGAGGGUCUGAGCAGCUCCACCUCCAAGCUACUGGGCAGUCAGAGCAUCUACAGUCCUGCAGACUUCAACUCUUCUCCACUCAAUGUUUUACCUACAGCUAUACCCUCAACGACCUACAUCCAGCCUAUACUACCCAGCACCACUCCUACAGACCCCAGUCAUUGCCCUGCUUCACCCAACUCCUCCCAUACACCUGCUACAACCACCACACCUGAACUACUCACAACAUCCACUCAACCCUUGGACAACUCUAGCUUUAACACACCCACACUCCCCACACCUACCCCGAAUCUGAUGGAUGAACCUUUAUCUACAGACAGAUUUUCACAUACACACCCCUUCCCUAUUGCAGAAGAGGUAGGUACACCCACUCAGGUAGAAGAGACUCCUAAAGACACCCACCCACCUACCUCACCUACCCAACAGCAGGUACACACACCUUUACCUCCUCCCAUUCCUAUCAACUCACCCCCCCAUGCCACCCCACCUCCUACCUCAAUUACCACACCUCUCCCUCUUUCACCUGCUGCAGACCCAAUACACACUCCAGAGUGUAAAGGAGAUACUCACACACCUUUACUUACUCCACCCUGUCCAGAGCAGGACAGCGUUGGGACACCCCCACCUAAACCCACUACAGGGCAGGCACACAUACCUGUACUGACCACGCCCACCCCAGAGCAGGUAGGACCACCAGGGUACCCUGAGAAGUGCAAACUCUCCACACACAGCCCUGAGACAGCUUCCAUUUGGGAUGAUGACUGCUUCCUGGGGGAUGAGGAGGCCAUCAGGACCAGUGAUGAUGAUGAGGAUGAAGAGCUGGUGAGACUCUGUUUUCGAGUACAGCCCACAUUCCUGAUAACAGACUAUGACAAUGACAUCACUACUGAGAUCCCCCCCAGCAGUGGAGAGGACGAGGGGACUGAGAAUGGCGAAGGAGUGGAGAGAGCGAUGGAAUUGAUGGAGGGAGACAAGGGAGGGGUCGAGAGAGGCAGUGAUUAUAUGGAAGGAAAGGGGGGUCAUUUGGAGAGCGAAGCAGAGAGCUUGAAACAGGGGAGUCAAUCAUCUCAACCCUGUAAUACCGAGCAGGAAGUAUCAUUGGGCCAAUCAAAGGAGAGAUAGACAGUAACCCAGCAACACUCUCUAUCUAAAAGUAUCUUUGGUAAGUUGCUGAGGCCAAAGAUGUCGGAACGCUCUGAAACACGCCCAUAUAAACACACACAGAAACACACACACAUACAGUAUACUGAUGACAUCGGAACAUCCUAGACUUGCCUCAACCAAGUGUAAAUGAAACACAACACAACAGGCCAUGUGUCUGAGAUAUAGGCUACACUUCACUUGUAACAUAGGCCUAUGACUUGAGUCUGUUGUGUUGCUGUGUUGUUGUUCUUAUUGUGUUGAAUGGACUCCUGCACACUGUGUGUAGGCCUACUUACAAAUAAAUAUGUAUCGUGCAUCUGUUUAUUGUCAACACCUAAAACACCCCUGUGAUCCUUGAUGGAAAAAACAGCACAGACCAGCAUACAUUUCAAGCUGUUCCAUGCUAGACCAUUCUGGUCUAUACUGGUCAGUGCUUGUUGGAUCUUGGUCAAGCUGGUAUGACCAGCAUGAUCCAGCUGGUCAAGCUGGUCUGACCUGGUUGGUCUGGUCUAGUUGGUUCUGCUGGGCAACCAGCCUUCGUUGUGUUUUCGCUGGUGACGAGCCUGUGUUGUGUUUUCCCUGGUGACCAGCCCUUGUUGUGUAUUCCCUGGUGACCAGCCCUUGUUGUGUUUUCCCUGGUGACCAGCCCUUGUUGUGUAUUCCCUGGUGACCAGCCCUUGUUGUGUUUUCCCUGGUGACCAGCCCUUGUUGUGUAUUCGAUGGCAGCCCAGAUAUCGUUGUGUUUUCGCUGGUGACGAGCCUUUGUUGUGUUUUCCCUGGAGACCAGCCCUUGUUGUGUAUUCGAUGGCAGCCCAGCUAUCGUUGUGUUUUCGCUGGUGACCACUUUGUUGUGUUUUCCCUGGAGACCAGCCCUUGUUGUGUAUUCGAUGGCAGCCCAGCUAUCGUUGUGUUUUCGCUGGUGACCACUUUGUUGUAUUUUCGCAGGUGACCAGAUUUUGUUGUGUUUUUUUUGCUGGUUACCAGGCAUCACUGUGUAUUGGACACUGGUGACAAGCAUAAACUAAAGUCACAUCAAGUCACAUUAUGAUGGUUUACAAAGUGAUGUUUAAUUCCUAUUGGAAUCCAUCCAGAGUGGAUUCCCACAAUCCCACAAUGAGAAUGACUACAAGGGUUAGAAAGAACAAAUCAGACCACACUCUUAGAAAAAAGGGUGCUAUCUAGAAGCUUAAUUAAAGGGUUUGUUGGCUAUCCCUAUAGGAGAACCCUUUGAAGAACCCUUUUGCGUUGCAUGUAGAACCCUUUGUACAGAGGGUUCUACAUGGAACCCAAAAGGGUUCUACAUGGAACCCAAAAGGGUUAUCCUAUGAGGACAGCCAAAGAACCCUUUUGGAACCCUUUUUUCUAAGAGAGUACCUAAACCAGGGGUUCUCAAACUUGAGAAAAAUCAUCAGGGACCCCCUCAUAAUCUCAACACAACUCGAGUUAAAUAAAAAUAGCAUACAUGGCUGGACGGACUGAUUUUGCUCUGGGCUUGCUCUGCCCAGCAUUUUUCAUUUCCUUCAUCACUGUUAUUUUAAUUGGGCCUAUUCUGUUAUUUAGCCUACCCACCACUAAUGCACAGAGAUGUUGAUAGUCGACCAAGAAAUAGGUCACACAGCCUGCAGAAGCCCCAGAGACGUUUGAUUUCUAUAUAGACUAUUGUUAAAGAAAAGAGGAGUCUAUCAACUGUAAAAUGUGAGCACAACAGAGACAGUUACAACUGAAGAAUCUGAUCAUCAAUAGAUUAGAGAAAAAUCGUUUUUUUAACACAGCUGCAGCAUAUCAGCUAGGUCCGUGUUUAAUAGCCUACCACGUUGUUGAAAUGUUGAAUCUUUUUAGGAUGGCCUACCAAAUUAUAUUUUUAACCACUUAAAAUUAAGGUCCACCCAUUAUUCAAUGUCAUCUUUAAUUUGAAUAGGUAUCCGUCAAUACAGGGUGUCUCCUAUCCAGCCGUACCAUACAGUCUUUGGUAUGACUUAGUACCAUAUAUGGGCAGCCAUAAAGCCAUAAAAGUGAAAGUCAUACCCAUGAGUCCAUCUCAAGAUAGCCUAGAGAAGAGGGGGGGUCAAAUUAAUCAGUUGGUUCUUCCGAACAAAAGUAGCCUAUUGUCAAUGUUCUCCACCCAGUGACAACAUCUUUGCGCACAAAAAGUGUUAGACUGUGAAGCAGGUGAAAUUAGAGAUGGAUAGUCAGGGCCAGCAGCAGGACAAAUCAGUUGGACCUUUUAUUUCCAUAGGUGGGCACUGUUGCUAGCGAACUUGGAACAUUGUAUCAACUAGCCAAUUUCGGGCCCUCAGAGUUUCUUGUGCCAGUAAGCUUGGGACAGACAGCUGUUUUUUAGUACAUUUACACUGGAUACAGUGGGGCAAAAAAGUAUUUAGUCAGCCACCAAUUGUGCAAGUUCUCCCACUUAAAAAGACGAGAGGCCUGUAAUUUUCAUCAUAGGUACGUGUUGCCCAGCAACAGCCCCAAAACAUCACUGCUCUAGAGGAGAUCUGCAUGGAGGAAUGGGACAAAAUCCCAGCAACAGUGUGUGAAAACCUUGUGAAGACAGAAAACGUUUGACCUCUGUCAUUGCCAACAAAAGGUAUAUAACAAAGUAUUGAGAUAAACUUUUGUUAUUGACCAAAUACUUAUUUUCCACCAUAAUUUGCAAAUAAAUUCAUUAAGAAUCCUACAAUGUGAUUUUCUGGAUUUUAUUUUUUCAUUUUGUCUGUCAUAGUUGAAGUG